UCCCACUGAAAUCUCGGAAAUUUCGCAGUCUGCAAAACGCAAAGCUCGCCACUUUACCAAAUCAUCAUUUUCCCAAAAUGCCCUCGGCCGGCACCACCAUCCACAUGACGGCCCUGGACGGCAUCGUCACCGUCAACUCGCUCUUCACCCUUGCCGUCUUCAUCGGCCUCACAUCGGACCCCAGAGACCCCUCCAACACCCUCAUCGAGCCGCCGGACUCCGCCACGUGUACCCCGGGCCCCUCCGUCGCCGAAGACCUCGUCUCCUUCCACGUGUACUCCUUCUCGUCCUUCCUGUUCUCCAGCCUCGUCGCCAUGGGCCUCAAGCAGGGGAUCCGCCUCACCCGCACCCCGUCCUACCAUCCAGCCGAGAUUCUCGCCCGCGUCAACAGCUCCCUCCUCCGCGCCGGCAUGCUCGUCUCCGGCCUCGGCUCCGUCGUCGGCUGCGUCUUCCUCAUGCUCGCUCUCGUCAACGUCGUUCAGAUCAAGCUCGGCACCCUCGCCUGCGGCGGGUACCACACUCUCGCUGCCGUCAUCCCUCUCGUCAUCUUCGUCCCCGUCGCGCUCCUCAUCUACGUCGUCACUGUUCUCUACGCUUUCACUCGAUGAUGAUGUUGUGAGUCGGUGUAUCACAUAAAGAUUUGAUUGUUAUGUAAUAAUGCAACUGUAUUAGUGUGCUUAAUCUUAAUAGUGGAAAUGAUGAACUGAUG